UUCGUUGGUGGAGCCUAGUACGAGCAUUUUAGCUGCGUUUCACUUUUAGAAAGCUCACAAUAUGAACAUAUCUGGAAUUUUAUAAAGAAACUAUAUUCAGAGUUAAUAUAACGGCAGCCAAUAGGCUAAGCUAGUUAUCAGCACAGCACGAAAUCAACGGUUGCAUUGUAUGUCAAGAUAGUUCUCUACCAAUGGCAACAAUUGUCAGUUAGCGUUACACAUAAACAGCUGUAGUAUCUGAAAAAAUAAAUUACAAAGGGCUUCAGGGAUAUUCAUACUUGCUUCAUGUAUGUUACUACCGAGCUACUCAUUAGCCAAAUGAAACAAUGCUAACCGUUGUAGCAGGCUAAUUUCAGUGCUGUUAUAAAGCUAGAGGGCCAACAAAGUGAGAUGGGUGAAUUAAAAUAAGUUGAAUUAAAAUACUGGGCCGUACGACUCGAUGUAUUUGUUACACGCUUUCAGUGACUGACAAAGCAUUAGGCCGAGGGACUGCGGGUCGAAAUCAUUUAGCCUAUAUGAUAAAGCUAAAGUAAAUUCAAUGCUCGCCCAAGCAAAGACGGAAACUGGUAGGAGGGGUUUAUUUCGUGUCACAUCGGUACCCUUUGGCCGACGGUCAUUGGACCAAUCGGUGUGGAGGGGGCGGGGUCUGCGGUAAGUGAACAGGCUGUGAGCUGUGGCGCCGGAGGAGAGCAGCAGAGAAGGAGACGGCACACAUCCAUCCAUCUAUCCCUCCCCACCGUGCGCCGUUUAUCGCUUUCUGUGGUCUGUGCUGCAAUGUUGAUCCUGGACAUUUUGUCUCCACUCCUCCUCCUCCUCUCCAUCCUGUUGCCGGGCUACGGUUGCCGGGCGGCGGACAUUCCGGAGGACACUACAUCAGAGUUCUCGGUCAGACUGUACCACCAGCUUCAGGCGGCUGGGGGUCAGGACAACAUCAUUUUUUCCCCGCUUAGUGUGGCUGUGGCCCUGGGCAUGGUGGAGCUGGGGGCCAGAGGAGCUUCGCUGGAGGAGAUACGACAGGCUGUAGGAUUCAGCCACCUGCUGCCAGGUGUGGAGUUCUCCUUGCUCCAGAACCUGACGGCGGCUUUGUCAGACGAUGACGCCCAUUACGUGGUCCGGUUUGCCAACAGCCUCUUCCUGCAGGAAGGCGUCACCUUCAACCCUGAGUUCCUGCACCUGAUGAAGAAGUAUUUCCGGGCCGAAGUGGAGACUGUAGACUUCAGCGAAUCAGCAGCUGUGGCCGAGCAGAUCAACAGCUGGGUGGAAAAUCAUACUGAGAGUAAGAUCCGUGAACUGCUAUCAGCCAAGGACUUCAGCAGUGUGACCCGCCUGACCCUGGUGAACGCCAUCUACUUCAGAGGCUCCUGGAAAAACCAGUUCAGGCCAGAGAACACCAGAACCUUCUCCUUCAGCAAAGACGACGGCUCUGAAGUCCAGACGCUCAUGAUGUACCAACAGGGAGACUUCUACUACGGUGAGUUCAGUGAUGGCUCCCAGGAAGCUGGUGGUGUGUACCAGGUAUUGGAGAUGCCCUAUGAAGGAGAGGACAUGUCCAUGAUGAUCGUUCUGCCUCGACAGGAGGUGCCGCUGGCUUCCCUGGAGCCCAUCAUCAAAGCGCCGCUGCUGGAGGAGUGGGCUAACAAUGUUAAACGGCAGAAGGUGGAAGUCUACCUGCCUAGGUUCAAAGUGGAGCAGAAGAUUGACCUUAGGAGCACUCUGAAGGAGCUGGGAAUAAAGAACAUCUUCACCAAUAAUGCUGAUCUCUCCGCCAUGACAGAUGGUAAAGACCUGUACAUUGGGAAGGCAGUGCAGAAGGCCUACCUGGAGGUGACUGAGGAGGGGGCUGAGGGAGCCGUUGGGUCAGGUAUGAUCGCCCUGACCAGGACUCUGGUGCUGUACCCCCAGGUCAUGGCUGAUCACCCAUUCUUCUUUGUCAUCAGAAACAGAAGCACAGGGUCCAUCCUCUUCAUGGGCAGGGUCAUGACCCCUGAAGUCAUCGAGCCCAACGACCAUGACUUUGACUCCAUGUAACCAUCUCAGCCAAUCAGAUCCUGACGUCAUAAACGCUACCUAUCCUCUAUCGCCAUCUUCAGCUGUGUUUUAUAUAGAAUAUAUAAACUGGAUAUCACAAAAUAUAUUAUAUAUUGAAAUAUGACAUACGACAUAUAACGUAACUGUGUUUUGAUACUGGAAGCUUUAAACUCCUGGAUACAGACAUGUAGAAAGAAAAAGUUGUAAAUAUAUUCUAGUAAAGAGUGGUUUGUGUAUGAGCAAAAAGAACACAUGAUACGUAAUCCACGCACAACCCCUUUAAGUUCAGCAGCUUUGUACUCUCCUGCGCCCACACAGACAAUGUACAAAAACAGUUUCCUCUCUUCUU